AUGAAGACUUUUGUCAUGACCAUAACAACAUCAUCACUCAUUGUGCUUCUUUUUGCUCUCUACACAACCCAAUCCAGGGCAUCCCCAGCCAACAACGCAAUUGAACAAACGUGCAAGCGAACCCCGAAUUACAAUCUCUGCGUCUCUUCUCUCCGAUCGGAUCCGCGGAGCUCGGACGCGGACGUGAGAGGCUUGGCCCUCAUAAUGGUUGGUGUAAUUGAGGCCAAGGCAAAGGAGACACUAAGCCACAUCAAAGACUUGAUUAAGGCUAGUCCUAAGCGUGAUGAGAAGCAACCCUUGAGUUCUUGUGCUGACUACUACAAUGCAAUUAUAACCGCUGAUGUUCCUCAAGCCACACAAGCUCUUAAGACGGGUAACUAUAAGUUUGCAGAACAAGGCACUGAUGAUACGGAGAAUGAGGCCGAUUUCUGUGAGAAGAGCUUCUCAGGGAGGUCUCCUCUGACUGAGAUGAACAAACUUGUACAUGAUGUGGCUGCUAUUGCUGCAGCCAUGACAAGAAUAUUGCUUAGCAGUUAA